AUGCCUUUUCCUUGCCCAGACCUACACGACUCCCUAUUCCUCGCCACCAUAUUCAUCCUCUCUAUUUCCUUCUUCAUGCUGCUGCAUAUCCGUGUCCACGACACUAAUAGCCUCAAAUACCUUCACAAGGAUCACAAGGGUCCACGUUGGGAGCUCGAAGACCAACGCCGCUGGAUGGAAGGCCUGCUUACUUCGACUCUAAACAGGGCACGGAUGGACCCCGGGCUUUGGGGUCUCUUUAUCGAUGAGCUAGAUAGAGGUUUUAAGAUUAUAGAGGAAGAGUUGACGGCUUUGAAGUUUGUGUAUGAAGAGAUAAAGGGGCACGGGAAAAAGAGUCAUUAUGGGCCUUGUGAUGAAAUAGCUUUUUGGAAUUGGUCGAUUAAGAAUUUGCCGUGGAUUCUAGGGUAUCCAGACUUCAAUGAGGAGGAAGAGACAGGGUUUCUGCAUAGGCAAAGAGAGUGGCAACAGGGUUUGCGAGGAGGGUCUGGGACGCCGGACCUCGGUGAUGGGGAUGAUAGCAUAGGAAAAGAACACGAUGAUGAGUUGCAAGAAGAGGCAAAUAGAAAAGAAAAAGGAAAGGGCAAAGCUGCGGACGCGGAACAAGAGAAUGAAGGAAACUCGAUGGAGGAGCAGCCAGAAGAGCCUACUCCGCAGGGCCUCAACCCGUUCCAAGCUACUCCAAUGUAUGGCCUCGAUGGACCAACGCUAUUCGGAGACAAUGAUCUACGCUACCGAUGCCACGAUGACCCCAUCACCCCGCCUUCGUUUCGCGAUGGACAUCCUCCCCGCCGCUAUCGCCUUCCCGGCCACUUUAAUCUAUACACUUCAACUGCAUUCGCUCGUUGCGGCUUUAUGGGCGGUUAUCCAAGCGAUCCACGACCGCCAAAUGACCGCCAGACUGGAUAUAUACAAUCAACCUGGCGAGAGGACCCGCGUCCUGAGUCUGCUCCAUUUGCACCAACAGGCUCUGCGCCGUCUGCACUUUCAGGAGCGUUCCAUGAUGAGGGAAAUGGGAGACAGGAGAGUAGUCGACCCUCACAUGAUUCUCCUCCAGAAUUCAAAGAGUCCUUGGAUAAGGGGAGUGGUAAUUCCGCUGGUAGCGUGCAUUCUAGCCCCCGUAAGCAGCUAUUGCCUUCACGAAAUGAUAGUAAUAGAGUCUCUAGAGGUCCUCGUGGGUGCAAUUCCGGAUCUGAUCCCCGAUCUUUUAGCCAGCAAGGUCAUAACAACCCCAGACCGCCAUGGAAUGGAUUUGAAGGGGAUGGUUACUCCCGGUCUAUGCCAGCGGUACGACCGGAUCCCCUAGAGAGCGCUAGUACUCAUGAGAACUCUCCCGGCAAUAGACGGUUGUACCAGAACGCCAAUUACCGGCUACAAAAUCACCCCUGCUUCAGAAAUCAACCCUCAGAGUGCCCUGAACUAAUGCGAUUGAUACACUUUGGUGAGCUUUUGUUCCCAGCGUCGGGUAGCGAGAAAUUUUUCACGGAAAGAAACAUAGCGCCUGUAGUAGUGCUAGCUGAACAAGGCCCAUGUCGAGCACCAUGCCAACCUCCGUUUAAAGCUUCUAACGAAUGUCUAGCAGAAGAGCCAGAAGGCGAGCAUACAGACCGAAACAGAUACAAAACAAUCUACACCUUAGAGGAAGUAAACGCACAACCAGAAGACGGCAUAGAAUUCCUCAACGCGUGCGAUGCGGCCGAGGAACGCCGAACUGAAGUGGAGGAAGGUAGGAUAACUAGGUACUCGGUGCCAAAUCCUAACAUCGUGGUUUCGGGGCCACCGAAUCUUAGAGAGGGAUAUGUUGAAUAUUUGAGUGAAAGCCAGAAAACCAUUUUCCUUCAUCCCUUGCUUCGUAUUCCACUAGUCGAACCAUGCCAGUCUGAAAGGGGCGAGAGCUCGGGGAGGGUAAGCAGGGAACUUCAAACAAGAGUACAGAAAGAAGGGAAGCGUCUGUAUCCCCUAGGCGUCCAUGGCGAGAAAUGA